AACUUACCCAGGUCUUCCGUAUGAUUAUGCUACUAGAUUUGUACAUGUUCUACCUGGGCUUCUUAGGUUCCUUGUUUUAUUUAUAUGUAAAUGACAGCGUUGGUUUGAGGGAUGUUUGCACAUGGAUAACUUGAUAGCAAUCAUGUUGUUGCGUUCAUAGUACUCGAAGAAACCGCUAAUACCUGCCAUUAACGCAACAAGGGUCGUCAUGAACUAACGUCGUUGCAUUUCACUCGCUACUCAGUAUUCACAGGUGUAGUGGCAGGUGGUUGAGGGAAGUGGCGUGAAGCUGUUAAACGAAGUUGCUAAUGUACAAGUAACAAACUAUGUAAUUUUUAAGUGAAUUGUUCGGUACUGUGCGAAGAACUGAAAGGUUAUGUCAUAUAAAACGUUUGAAAAUGUAGUGAUGCGGACAUUUGGAGACACUGAAUAAGGGUGAAAAUGCCUCGAAAGAAGUGGAAAAUGGGUUUCACCAUCAUAACACUGUAAAAAAUAGGUGGUGUACGCUUCAGUUUGCGUAACUAUGAGCAAUGGACAAAGAGCGUUUGUGAAAACAUGGAUUUCAGGGAUGUGCACCUACGAGUCUUAUAUAGCUUUAAUUAUGAAACUAAGGGUGGUAGAAAAAUAUCAAUUAAUGAAGGGGAAAAGUUAUUUUUGAUUAGAAAAACCAAUGCUGAUUGGUGGCAGGUCAUAAGAAAUUCAUCUGAAAGACCGUUUUUUGUUCCUGCUUCAUAUGUUGAGGAAAUAAAAUAUGAUGAGAACAAGAAAGACAGCAGUAAGUCACUUGUUUGUACAAGUAAGAAAAAAGGUGUUGGUCCUCACACUGUUUCAGACAAUGCUGGUGUACUUAAUGACAUGGAUAUGUUGGAAGCAACAGUCUCUGUGGCACGCACUAAAAAAACAUUUGAUAAGCCAAUGAGCUACAAACAACAAGCAGUUCACAAUGAACUAUCAUCACUUAAUAAAAGAAUCAGUUCUGAAAAAUGGAGGCUUUGGGCUGCAGAAGAACUUGUUUCAGAGCUGGCAAGCACUGCUUCAUUACACUCAGUGGAUAACACUACAUACAGCAAUGAAACAUUUCAAAGAAUGACUUCAGAGCAGCCUAAUCUACAGACUGAGCUAGAUAGCUGUUCAGAUCCCUUAUCUCUCACAGAUAAGGGGAGUGGUUGUGAUCAUAAAGCAAACAUACCUGCUGCUUCUUGCUCAGAGCAAUUAUCAGUUCCUAACAAGAAAGGGAGUAUUCAGAGCUUUUGCAGUGCUACAGGUGGUGGAAAAUUGCAAGCUGAAUUGCUAUGGGCAACUACUGAAAAAGCACUCUCAAAUAAACUAAUUUGUGACACUAAAAAAUUUGAAGAUAGUUGUAAAUCAAAAAAUGCUGAGAAACGUGCAGCCCUUUGUAAGACUGAUAGCAAGGAUAUUGCAGUGAUCCCAGAAAAACAGGCAGUUGCUCUGUUAUCUAGUACAAAGAGUUCUAGGUCCUUGGGAGAAAAGUUAUGUGGCAGCUGUGUAGAACUCGAAAAUCAUCCAUACAACCCUGGAGAUAUUGUGGGAGGUUUCAAAGACCCUGGUCAGUGCAGUGUGCAUACUGACAUGUUCAGUAAAAUGAAAAGUAAGUUGAAAUAUUCUGCUAGUUUUAAAACAAAACGAGAGCUGCAGAAGCUUUCAGAAAAACGUGAGGGAAAUUCUGUACUUUCUUCUUCAUGGGACAAACUUGAGGCUGCUGGUCAAUCGACUAAUGAUAUUUUGACAAAUGUUGAUAAUGGUAUUAGUUCGUCUGCAGGAAAUCUGAAAUGCUCUGUAGUUGAGAAAAAAUCUUCAGUUAGUGAAGGAAGCCACAAUAAUUGUGCACCAAUCCCAGACUUGCAGAAUUCAGGGCAAUGUAAGGCUGAAGAAAACUCUUUGCAGCCUGUUAGUGAAUGUGAUUGGAAUGCAAAUUAUACAGCAGUAGUGAAAGAAAAAGUGAGUACUGAGGAACACCAAGAAUGUGAGCGGCAAGUGGACAUUUUAACAUCAGAGUCUCGUAGUGUGAGCAAAGACAGCAGUGAUAGUGAACAAUCCAAAGUGUUAGUGGACUCCUCAGGUGGAACUUUAAAGUCACAAAAGAUAUCAAGCAGUUGCGAGUCCAUUGAAGAUUGGAGGGAAGAGGAUACAGUACUUGAACCUGAGAGUGCAUUAGAUGUGGUGAACAUUCCCCUCCCUGAUGGCUGGAUAGAAAGCUAUGAUGAGCAGCUGGAUCUCCCUUGUUACAUCCAUGAGAAGUCAGGCGAGAAGUGGUUUUCCUCAAAUGAUGCGGAAGGUAGAGUGUACUUCUACCAAGAGAACAGCAGUGAAUCAUCGUGGAGAUUGCCAGAAGUACCGUCUACAAUGUUGGAAGUUGUACCACCAGCCACGCCAAGCUCUAAGGAAACUGCAAAGGAAAAAGAGAAACCAACUGUAAUAAUAUCUUCCGAUGAUUCUCAGAUACGACACCAAAUUGAGGAUGAAAUCAGGCCUACAUUUCGAAUGACCAAGGCACGUUCCAUGCUUCUCACAGACACAAAGAGUAGGGAGACUACAACCAAAUCAUCAUCUGUCCCGAGAAAUUAUCUACCCAUUUGGGAUGGAGUAGUUCAUACUUUGAAGGAAGGAACAUUGAACAAAACAAAAAUGUGGGAAAUUGGAGGGAAGAAAGUCCGAAAGAACUGGUCCCCCUCUUAUGUUGUCCUCAGUAAAUUUCAUCUUCUCUUCUUCAAGGACAUUAAGGCGUACAAUGCUGUUAAGCUUGCUGUUUCUCCAGGAAAUGCUUCCAGUUCGCCUGACUUGUGCAUAGAUUUAAAAGGGGCUCUUGUGGAAGAAGCUGAAAAAUUGUCAAGUCGUAAAUAUGUGUUUGCUAUUACCACUGUGCAAGGACUGAAAGUUUUGCUGCAAUGUGAUGACAAAUCACUGUAUACAGACUGGUACCAUGCUGUUAGAAAUGCUAUUAGAAGUAUAACAAAGGAGUCAGGACUCAGAAAUUCCUCUUCUACAAAAGAUGUGGGAAGUUUUCUGAAUCAAGCCAUUUCUCCCAAUCAAAACAGAAAAGUUCCAAGGAUUGACAGAUCACGCUCUGUGAAAAAUAAAAAUAAAGAGGGCAGCUUGGAGGAUUUAGCGUCGAGUCCAGAGGACCAACAAAUUGGCAUACAUACUCGCCUGAAGAACUUUUUUCUGCGAAGGCCACUAAAAGAAGCCUUAGAACAGAGAGGAAUUUUAAAAAAUGAAGCAGUAUUUGGCUGUCACCUACCAGAUGUUUGUAAUGAAGAACCGUUCAUUCCUUUGUUUGUUCGAAAAUGUGUGGAAGUCAUAGAAAGCAAGGAUGAGAACAUGAAAACUGUAGGUUUAUACCGCGCUUCAGGAAAUCUAUCCCAGGUUCAGAAGAUACGGCUUCAGGUCAAUCAAGAUAACUACAAAGCUUUGGAGGAAGAGGAAGAUGUGCAUGUUCUCACAGGAGCACUGAAACUCUUUUUUCGAGAACUGAAGGAACCGCUUAUACCUUGCAAAAUGUUCAGCAAGGCACUAGAUGCCAGUUCGAAGUCUCAGGAAGAGGAAAAACUCAGAGACUUUCAAGAGAUAGUGAAAUCUCUUCCAAAACCUAAUAGAUGUACUUUGAAAUUUCUCCUGCAACAUCUACUGAGAGUGACUGAAUAUAAGGCUGAUAAUCAGAUGUCUAUUCACACCUUAGCUAUAGUGUUUGGACCAUCAUUAAUGUGGCCAGAAGAAGAAUCUCAGAACAUUGCAUUUGACUUUAUGAUGCAAAAUGUUGUGAUUGAAUUCCUGUUGAAAGCAUUCCACAACAUAUUUGGUGAUAGUUGUAAUGUAAGUGCCUGAAUGUUGUUAAAUGUAUUUAUAAAGUUGGAAAAAAUACCCUACACAUCUAUUUUGAGAUUAUUAUCCACUUGCAUUGACUGUAAAAUCCCUGUAAUAUAAUUUUGUGCCUUAUCAUUGUGAUACCAUUUUACCUUGUUGAAUCUGUGGGUAGAAAAAUGUAAAUAAAUACAGAACCAAGUGUAUAAGAUUCAAAGACUUAAACAGAUGCAGAGCAAUUUUGGAAAUAGUAUUAUAUCUUCAGUAUUAGAUGUUAUUGUAUAUACCUUGUGAAUAUUGUGUAAAUUUAUGAUUGUUAAUGAAAACAAUAUGAAAUUGUUA